AUGUCCGGACAGAAUAACUGGCAAGAAGAGGCCAUGCGCCGUCUGCGCCAGAUGCAGUCGCGCGGCGGAUACGGCGGCAGACCUGGCGGCGGGCCGCCCCAAGUUCCCCGAGGAGCUGGUGGUGCAUUGAUUGGGGGUGUUUUGCUGGCCGGCGGUGCCUGGGUAUUGUCGAACUCGCUUUUCAACGUGGACGGCGGCCAUCGCGCCAUCAAGUACAGGAGGAUAAGCGGAGUGAGCAAGGAGAUUUACAACGAAGGUAGGACCACUGUCCCGGGAGGAGCUGUCUCGGAUACGGCUGUGGAAACGGAAGCUAAUGGAAAUUGCCCAGGUACUCACAUCAACAUUCCCUGGUUCGAAACGCCCAUUGUAUACGAUGUGCGAGCAAAGCCUAGAAACGUCGCCUCCCUGACGGGCACCAAGGAUCUGCAAAUGGUCAACAUUACCUGCCGUGUGCUGUCGAGACCACAGGUCGAGGCCCUGCCGCAGAUUUACAGGACCCUCGGAGCCGAUUAUGACGACCGUGUGCUGCCUUCGAUUGUGAACGAGGUACUGAAGAGCGUGGUCGCUCAGUUCAAUGCCAGUCAGCUCAUUACGCAGCGAGAGAUGGUGGCCAGGCUGGUGCGAGAAAACUUGUCCAAGCGAGCUGCCCGAUUCAACAUUCUCCUCGACGAUCACCUCGCCUUUUCUCCCGAAUUCACCGCCGCCGUCGAAGCCAAGCAAGUCGCCCAGCAGGAAGCGCAGCGAGCCGCCUUUGUUGUAGACAAGGCUAGACAGGAGAAGCAGGCCAUGGUUGUCAAGGCGCAGGGUGAAGCUCGCUCCGCUGAGCUCAUUGGCGAAGCCAUCAAGAAGAGCAAGGCCUACGUGGAGCUCAAGAAGAUCGAGAAUGCCCGUUUGAUUGCGCAGCAGCUUCAGGAGUCCGGUUCAAAGAACAGGCUAAUGCUUGAUGCGGAUGGUUUGGGGUUGAAUGUAUUUGAGGGCGAAGAGAAGAAAUAG